AUGAAAGAGCCCAGGAUAUGGAGCGCAAAGAAAGGCCUUAAGAAGGUGAACUCCGUGGACAUACUGGUCAGGAGAAAAGCAGACAAGCCGCUGAAGAGGAGCAGAUCCCUCAAGAUCAAGAAGGCCAUAUCGACCCCAAAGAAAGUGGAAACACCUAAGAAAAACGUUAAGAUUCUGUCUCCUGACAGCCGCAUAGAAAUCAUGGGAAGCCCAGAGUCCAAAAGAUACAAUUCUACAAGAAAAAUAGACUUCAAUAAUUAA